AUGAUGUAUCCAUAUAAGCUUCAUGAAGAUUUUUUAUUUGAUCCAAGAGUGGAACAAUAUAUGUAUGUUGAAUUAUUUCCAUUAUGUCAAGAUUUUUAUUAUCAUGAAUUGGAACAAUUAGUAUUAACACUUGCAGAUGUUAAUGAUUAUCCG